GGCGGCUGUACUAACGCGGGAAACGGUUGUACCAAGAGAGAGGAGGGCAAAAGAAGAAGCGUCGGAUGAGACCGUCAUGCUCGCUGAGAUCGACACGGGCGGGCAUAGGGUGCUGCACUGUGAUUCCCGUGCCGACUGCCCGACUGCGACAUCGAUUCAUGUGUCCACUUUCCUGAAUGACGAAUGCCAAACCGAUUGCGUGCAUUUAUCCGAGAAGAUCGACGAUAAUGGGUCGAACGAAUCGCAGAGAAGAGUCCCGAAAGAUCGAUGGCAAAAGACUGGAAACUGCGUGAGAAAAGCGGAGCUGAUAAACUGCAAACGUAGAAACCCACCGCCUAAUCACGGUGAAAGUUCACCCACGAGAGUUCCGAGAAUUGAUGACAAAAAGGAAACGAUCCUAGGCGGAUGUGACUUCCUGGUAAAGAGUCGCCUAACGCAGCCGUCACAUCGGCGACGAGAAGCAAAAAGAGAAAAAGGAGACGAAAACGAAGACGUACUCUUCGAAGCAUGUUGCGUGUCGAGAGAAUCUCCGCAAACGAUCGAGGAUGUCGCCAAGGACGAGCGUUUCUCGGUCACGUGGAACUCGCGGAAGGACGCAAGCAACGAGACCGAGAGAGUGGAAUCGCGGCUACGCGACGAGGCGGAACGACAUCGGCUUGCGAUAGUGGACGCAAAUGGAAGCACGAUCGCGAGGCGUCGAAGUCUCCGGGAUCGAUCCCGGACGAGGUCGCGGCCGUUAUUCUACAGGAGUAAGACUCUCGAGACGAAUCCAUCCGAUCACUCGGAAGGAAAACGAAUCGCAGGAGGAAGUCCUCUUCUCUCUAGUCAUCACUCGCGUACUCGCGCGAAGGACGAAAUCUACGAGAACAAUUUUAAAAACUUCGACGAAGGGUUUUUCUGGGAGGGAUUCGGUAAUGACGACACGCGGACGGAUGAGAACGGACGAUUGGACUGUUCGGAACGACGCGAUGAACGUUCGGAAGACGUGCGGAAUAAGAGGAUUGGGCAGAACUCCGCAAACAGGAAGCAGAUCAGGCGCGCGUGUCGCGUUUACUCGGUCUUUCAACUGAUCUUCCUCUUCUUCCUCAUCGCAUUCGGACGGUAUGGAUCGCUCGGUCCAUCCAAUGUGCGUCGAAUCAGUGCGAGACCGAUCGCGAAUGGUUUAAGUGUCUUGGGAAUUGGGAUUAUCGGUGCAGUGAAUGCAAGAUCGAUUGAUUUAAUCGGCGACGCGGGCACUCGGGCCGAGAGAUCGGCUAAUCUCUCCCACAUCAGUGGACCCUUAAGGAAGAUACGAAUGUAUAUCAAGCAUCGAUAUCUGCAGAUUCUGCCGGACAGUACGGUGAACGGAACCCACAACGAACUUUCCAACUACACUAUCUUUCAAAGGAUAUCAACGUCAAGAGGACAAUUAAGGAUCCAAAGCAUGGCAACCUGCCUUUUCGUGUGUAUGGAUUCUUGCGGUCUACUUUACGGCUCGAGUGACCUUACUGCAAUGGAAUGUCUCUUCAAGGAGGAUAUAUUCGACGGAAAUUACAACACGUAUAGCUCAAUACGUUGGUCUACAGCGAAUAAGACUUUGUACCUCGGUUUGAAUCGUUACGGUCAACCGAGAAGAGUACAAGCCAAAGGUCACAACCUGGGCAAGCUGUCAACCUAUGCCCGAGUGCUAACACGGCCGAUCCAAACACAGAACGAUACCAAACACAAAAUACGUCAUCACGGCAGCAGUCAUCGCCAAGUUGACAUCUGUCCCCCUAUACUAUCCCAAGAAAAGGAUGGUAGGGACAGGUUCAGAUGUCGCAAGCGAAAGAAGAGAAAGAAGCGGAAACGGCGGUGCAAAUCGGGCGAGCAGCCCGGUCCCCAAUGCCAAGGUCCUGAGGAAUCGAUCUUGAAAUCAGUAACGGACAUUGUCGAGGCAUCAUCGGAGAUCAUCAGCGCCAGCAGCAACACGCCGGAAUCCAAGAGAUCCUGCGAGGGGGCAGCCAGUGAGGAAGCUUGCAGGCGGCAGGCCCUCUCGGUGCCGGCGAAGAAGCGGAAGUCGCGGAUAGACGACGGCGGCAGGAACCUCACGCUCGGUAAGAACAAAGCAUCAACGUCAAAUGCGAAAAAGCCAAACGUCAGCGUCGCCGAUAGUCAAAGUAAAAAGCCUGAUUUGACGGACGGGAAGAAGAAGAAGAGGAAGAGGACGGGUCUGUAGCAGACGAGCCAGGGGAGCAUGGUGGCAUCGCCAUCCCGGAAGCAGUACGAGCCUGGCACGACGUCCUCGUCCCAGGUCUCUUCGUCGCUAAUGGCGCUCGCCAGCGAGGAGCAGCGGGUCUCGACAGCCACGUUGUCCUCUUCGCCGUCUCUUCCUGGUGCGUCAACCGCUCUCUUCUCCAUCAUAAGGCCGAGCUCGCCACCGUCUGACCGUAAAAAGCUACCACCGUCUUCAAGGAAUCAUGUAACGAAACCGGUGGACUCGCGUAGGAUAGGAAAGUUUUUCUCAGAUAUCGCGGAUUUGCCGGAUCGACCGAGGUCGAUGCCAGCGAUCUCGGCGACGUCGAGGAGCAAAAUAGCGUCAACCACCAAAGUUCCUGUAGAUACGUGCGCCUAUAUUACAACCCCUCUGCCUCAAUUCUCGCCAGUUCCCCCUUCCUCGUCCUUGCCUUGGCAGGAAUCCGAUGAGGACUCUUCGAGUACGCUAUCAUACUCCUCGCUCGUCGACGAGGAGUUGUCCUCGACCGUCAAGAGCGUCAAGUACAUUGGAAACCUCUGGCGAAGUUAUCACGGAAAUUAUGAUAGAUGA